AUGCCAAAGUACGCGAAAUUCAUGAAGGAUAUCUUGACAAAGAAAAAGGGACCGAAAGAAGAAGAAGUUCUUGUUCUUGAUGCACAAUGUAGCGCUAUAGUAUCUCGUCUCCCUCAAAAGGAGAGAGAUCCCACAAGAGUCACACUACCGGUCACCAUUGGUAAUCAGAAUAUUGGGAAUGGAUUGAUCGAUCUAGGUUCAAGUAUUAAUCUAAUUCCUCUAUCAAUAGUGAAGCGGUUGGGAAAUAUUGAGAUGAAGUCAACAAGAAUGACUUUACAAUUAGCAGAUAAAUCAAUCACUCUUCCCUACAGUGUUGCACAAGACAUAGUACAAGAUGAAGAGGUAUGCUUUAAUCUCUUCGACACCAUGAAACAACCUAAUGACAAGAAUGAUUGUUUCCGCAUAUAUGUCACCGAAGAGGUUGCAAUAGAAGUGGCCAAUAAAAUUCAUCUUUCUAGCCCUUUAGAAAGAUCUCUUGUUGAUUCUUUUAAUGUGCUUACUCAAGAAGAAGAAAAAGAAAUCGAGUUGUUCUUGAAAGAGUUAGAAAGGGGUGGAAACACAAAUACAAAGAAUGAGAAAGUAGAGGAAUUGGAGCCGUAA